AUGCCGGAGGCAGGGAUGAACAGUUUCCAGGUGUGGAGGACGUGUGUGCAGCAAGUCAGUGGAGCUCAGCAGACCGAAAGGUUGCAAAGCUCAGUCCACUUCCCCCUUGGUUUACCAGUGAGAAGUAUGGAGAGGCCUGAGACUGCAGCUGUGCUGAAGCGCACUGUUGAGGCUCUUAUGGAGAGAGGAGCCAUUGUGAGGAACCUAGAAAACCUGGGAGAAAGGUCUCUGCCUUACAAAAUCUCCAAGCACAAGGAGCGCCACAGAAGAGGAGGGUAUUUUUUGAUAGACUUAGAGGCCCCACCUUCGAUUGUAUCGACCAUGAUGGAUCAUUUAGGACGUGAUAUUGAUGUAAUUAGACGUGCUUUUAUAAAGCAUCCUGUAUCAAAGACAGAAGAAUGCAGUGGCAUAAUCCCAGUCAACUAUGAAGAUAAACUAAUUGCCAAGAAGAAGUGAAUAUUUCAAAUAGCAUGUUUGAAAGUUUUAAAAAAAUUUUUUAUUCCUGCUUUGGAAAACAAUUGUGAUAACUAAUGUCCAUCAAAAAUAAGCAGUUUUGGCCAUGUUAUAUGUGUGGUAUACUACAUUGUCUUAAGUUAUUGUAACAUUUGAGGUUUCUUUUUGUUUCAAAUAAUUUAAUAGACUUAAUCUGUAUGCUUAUCUUGAUAUUUGACAACUCUGAAAAUUGAUUUUCUUUUCUCUGAGCAUUACAUUGAUAAUGAAGAUUUAUCCAUCAUCAGAAUACUAAGAAUAGCAUUCUUUUCUAAAGGCAGAUUACUUCAGAAUAUGUAUAUUUACGUAAGAGAUUAAGAAGUCUACAAUGUAAAUAUAGCAGUAUAGGAUGUGAUUUGUUGGAAGGGUUUUUUUGCUUGUUUUUGGGAAAAGGUAAUAAAAGCGUGAUUAAAA